UCUCCGACUCUAAAUUUUAUCCAUCUGUCUACUUGUACAGCACAAAUUGAAAAUGCUGCGUGACAAUUGAGAAUCUGCACCUGACAUGGCCGCCGUCGCCGCCGCCGGCGUCGUAAUUUUUUCAUCUCUCCGGCUCCACACAGUUGUCAACGACAUUUACAGCGCAAGAACUGUUCUUGCCGAUCGUGUUAGGCCCAAAUUCGGUACUUCAUUCGCCGCUGGCUCUCCUCUCUCAAGCAAGAAACCUGCUUACCAGAAGAUCAGAAACUCGAAAUACAGAGGGAUUUCCAUAAGAGCUGAGGAUGGGGACAGGAAUGAGGGAAACGGGUUAAAUGCGUGGCUCGGACGUCUGGCAAUGGUGGGUUUUGCUUCUGCAGUUGUUGUCGAAAUCAGAACAGGGAAAGGGCUUCUCGAGAAUAUUGGGGUUAUAGCUCCAUUGCCAACACUGGUCUUGACUUUCACAGCAGUCUUGGGAGUUCUUACAGCCCUCUUCAUCUUUCAAUCUGGUUCGGAGGAUUGAUUAUGGAAUUGUAUGCCUGAAGACGACAACUUUCUCAUACAUAUACACGUGAAGAUCAUACUUGUUCUUGAAUUUGCCUAAAUGUAUAUAUUUAUAAUUGGACCAUGAAAUUAGCCAUAUAAGUGUGCCUUUUUUUUU